CACAGCAAGGCUCAAGCAGCCCGAGCUCUGCCCGACUGCUAGAUUCCCGGCGUCACGCAUUUCCCCCAAACGCCGGGGGAAAAAUCCGCCACCACCACCGCCACCGCCACCGCCGCAACACCAUGCUCCACUUCCGAAAGCUCCUCUUGCCCCUCAUCUCCGCACGUCCUCUCCCCACCCCCACCGCCCGCCUCCUCUUCUCCACCACCGCGUCCACUUCCCUGGAGCCCUUCGCCGUCGAGGAGUACCUCGUCGCCACCUGCGGCCUCACCCGAGCCCAGGCUCUCAAGGCAUCCAAGAAGCUCUCCCAUAUCAAGUCCCCCACCAAGCCUGACACCGUGCUCUCCUUCCUCUCCGCGCUCGGCCUCUCGCGCCCUGACAUCGCCGCGCUCGUCGCCGCCGACCCGCUCUUCCUCUGCGCCAACGUGGAGAAAACCCUAGCUCCCCGCGUCACCGAGCUCGGCGACCUCGGCCUCUCGCGCUUCCAGAUCGCGCAGCUCGUCCCGCUCGCGCGCACCUGCUUCCGCAGCAGCUCCCUCGGCCCCAACCUCGGGUUCUGGCUCCCAGUCAUCGGCUCGUUCGAGAAGGUCCUGAAAGCGCUCAAGCUGAACUCCAACAUCCUUGGAAGCGACAUCGAGAAGGUGGUCAAGCCUAACCUGGCCCUCCUCCAGCAAUACGGCAUACAUAUGUGCAAUUUCCUCCAUACAUUCAUGCCCAUGGUGGUCACCAGGCCACCUAAGCACGUCCAGGAUGCGGUGGCAUGCAUCAGUAAGCUUGGCGUGCGGCAGGACUCGCCUAUGUUCAGCAAUGCGCUCAUGGUGUUUGCGGUCCAGAGUCAGGAGAAGGUCGACGAGAAAAUCAGGACCCUUGAGAUGCUCGGUUGGUUGCAGGACGAUGUGCUGAUAGCUGUGAGGAAGAUGCCGUCUUUGCUGAACAUGUCGAUGGAAAGGUUGCGGAGAAAUUUGGAUUUCUUGACCAGGGAUGUUAGGCUGGAGAUACCUUAUAUUGCUCAAAGGCCAGUGCUGGUUAUGUAUAGCCUUGAGCGCCGGUUGAUACCCCGGCAUCGCUUGCUCGAGAUUCUCAAUUCAAAGGGAUUACUUGAUGCUAAGUUUGACUUCUAUUCCGUGGCUGCACUGAGUGAGAAGAAGUUUCUGGACAGGUUCUUGCGGCCUUACAAGCAUAUUGUUCCAGACCUUGCUGCUGCUUACACAUCUAGCUGUGGUGGGAAAGUACAACAUUGACUUACUAUCUGAUAUGACUGAGCUAGAGAAUGUGCUGAUGCUUGUGCUGGGAGUGUACCAAUAGGACUACUGUAUUUGAAGGGCGGUUUUAAGGUUUGCCUUCCCUAGGCUAAUUGUUUUCAUGUUUUAGAAUUUUGAUGUAGGCGAUCCAUUGUAGUGUCACUAACUAAUUAAUGAAUGUCAGAGCCAUGGUCCAUGGUUCCCGUCUAGUAAGAUCAGAUAUGUAUCAGGUGGGAUGGAUGGAUGGAUGGUUGAGAUAAGGCGUGUGUGCACAAGCUCAUGCGGUUUUGCAUUUCCCAUCAGAUAUCGUUCCUUUUGGAAUGGCAUUUCCUGGUGCAACAUGCUUCAUUUAAUACGGACCAGUCUGCCUCCUCGACUGCAGGUGAGCCGGGGCGCCACCACAGCCUCAUCAGUGGACCACGCUGACACCGCUGCCCCAUCCGCCCAGGCCGGGGCUCGCGCCUUUGCACAACACCACCUCAGAUCUGACAAGAGGAAGAAAGGAAUGAGAGAGGGGAAGGAAGGAGAUGUCGAUGGACACCGUUUGGUGACGCCGCUGGCCACUGCCAUCGCCACUGGCUGACGGUGGCCGUUGAUGGGCGAGCAGCGGGGUGCUUGGGCUGGAGAUGGUGUCGUCCCUCACACCGACACCGAGGUACCAUGCAAUUAACCCAUAUGCUGACUUCAAAUCUUGAUUUUCUUGUAUCAUGGCUGGAAAGGGUCUGCUUGUUUGUGUUAUAUUUACCAUGCAAAUAAAAUGAGCAGAAGUGGUAUUCCUGGAUUGCUUCCUACAAGAUGGACUUGGCUUGGGCCUAAUCUUUCUGGGAUACGGGCGUCCAGCACAUUGGGAGAUGAAGGGUAAAGAUGACAUUUCAAGCUAAUAAGCAGGGGAAAUGAUAGUUGCUGGAAACAUUUACGUUACCGAUUUUUAAACAAAACUUGUACACGAUUAUUGAUAUUUUAUCUCUCAAGUGAUUCCAUUUUUGUUUUGCUAA